AUGGAUCAAUCAACAAGUACCUCAAGCGACAGCAUUAUCUCCGAUCAAUCAUCAGCUACAUCCGGCGACAGUCUUCUCUAUCACAGUCCAAGAAAACUCUUCGAUCAACCAAUCGAGACUUUCACCCUAGCAUCCACCAAACGAAUCCUCUAUGUCUUCCAAAGUCAAGGCAUCAUUCGUAGAACAUCAACCCUCAAGACCCUCCUCCCCAAACUCAUCGAUCUCGAAUCCAAAGUAUCCCUGAAAGACCACAUCACCAUCGCGCAACUACUCGCCAAUAAAAUGCCUCUCACACGCGCAGAACUUGCCCGAGGAUACUCAAUACUCGACAAGGAAGGACACGAAGUAUUUGGUGGGAAAGAUCAAACUUGCGGGCUCUGUUAUGAGGAGUUACCUGCGAAACUGUUUCGAAGGAAGAAACUGACAACCGAAUGCUUAAAUAAUGCCCGUCACACAUUUUGUACGGAUUGCGUGAAGGCCUAUGUAGUGUCGAAGUGUGAGACGACGUAUUGGCAUCAAAUCACUUGCCCCGGUUGUCCGGAAAAAUUUGAGGCGCAUGAUAUGGAGAUAUAUUUGUGUGGGAAGUUGCUUUCCAAUUACAAGGAGUACAUGAGAACCUUCGCGAUCCGCGAUCUACCCGGAUUCCGCUGGUGUCUCUCCCCCAGCUGUCGCUCCGGACAAGUCCAUGCUCCAGGCGACGAAUCCCCAAAGAUGAUCUGCCAAAAAUGCAAUUUUGCUACAUGCUAUACCCAUCAAUUACCUUGGCACGAUGGUAAAACAUGUGAGGAAGCUGGAGGUUUGAAGUCGAAGGAGGAUGGAGAGUCAGAGGCGUGGAUAAAAUCACAGUCGAAGGCUUGUCCUGGUUGUGGCGUGGCGACCGUGAAGAAUGGAGGGUGUGAUGCAAUUGCUUGUAGCUGUGGUGAAUAUUGGAUCUGGGGUGCGAUUUGA